GAAAUACUUAAAUAAAAAAAGAAGAAGAAGUAGAAAAAUAAUCUUAAUUUAUCGUAUCAUUAUUUAUAAUAUAAUUAACUUUCUUUAUAACAAUAUGAACAUUCUUAAACCUGAAUUGUUAUGGAUCGAACAAAGAUGUUACAGACUAAAUGAUCUCAUUACGGAUGUGUCGGCGCUUCAAGAACAUGAUUUAUAUGAAAGUGAUGCACCUAAUAAUGAAUUUGAAGAGGAUGAUUUGGAUGACGUUGACUGCAAAAUCGACCAGGUGGAUGACAGCCGAUUUAGCACCAGUAUCCAUGUCUCCAAACAUUACAUGGGACAUAUUAUAGGAAAAAGAGGUUGUACUAUUGCAAGAAUUAGCAGGGACACCAAAACAGAUAUCAAAACACCUAGACCGGGACAAAACAAAGAUAUUACAAUCAUGGGACAAAAUGUUUCCAGUGUCAAAGCAGCUGUACGGAGAAUAAACCUUGUUGUUAUGGCAUCAAGAGUGAAGCAGGCAUAUACACAUUUUGUAUCCAUUCCAAUGAAUUCUCCUGAUAUUGUCAAAAAUUUCGAGAGUUUUAAGGAGAACGUACUUCAACAAUGUCCAGGCAUAGAAGAUUCAUUGUUCAUCAAACCUGGUAAAUUGCAUAUUACUGUUGGGGUUAUGUGCUUGAUGGACAACGAGGAAAGACUCAUGGCCACCAAAUUGUUGACAGACGCGAGGGACAAAUAUAUUAUGCCAAUGCUUCAAGAUUAUCUGCCGUUCAAUAUUAGAAUAAAAGGAUUGUCGUACAUGAACGACGAUCCAAAGGCGAUAAAUGUACUAUAUGGGUGCAUAGAGGAAGAUGGGGCCCCUUUUGGUUUAAUGCAAAAGAUGGUUGAUGCGGUUUAUAGGCACUUUAAUAAAGCAGGUUUAAUGAACGAGAAGUUCUAUCGCGACAACGUGAAAAUGCACGUAACAUUACUCAAUUCAAAGUAUAGAUCGCAACAGAAAGAAAUAGAGGAGUCUGAGACUAGUUCGGAGAAUACACGAGCGCGAAAAGAGCCCUUCGAUGGCUCAGAGAUUCUGUCAAAAUUUGCUAAUUACGAUUUCGGUGUCGUUGAAUUCAAUAAUAUUCAUUUGUCACAGCGCAGCACUGUGGGCUCUGAUGGAUAUUAUCAACCUAGUUUUGUCAUUUCUUGUGUUAGUACAAACUAAUAAAGAUUUAAUUUCAAUGCA